AUUUAAACCAAGCAAUGAGAUACAUUUGAUAAUGAGAAACUUUUAGCUUCUAUGGAUAAGUUGAGGAAUGGGCAAGCAGUAGAUAUUCCAAACUAUGACUUCAAGAGUUACAAAAACAAUGUCUUCCCGCCUAGAAGGGUAAACCCUUCAGAUGUGAUAAUUUUGGAAGGCAUUCUCAUUUUUCAUGAUCCCCGUGUUCGAGAGUUGAUGAAUAUGAAGAUAUUUGUUGAUACAGAUGCUGAUGUUCGUUUAGCAAGGAGGAUAAGGUGUGACACAGUAGAAAAAAACAGGGAUAUUGGUACAGUUCUUGAUCAGUACUCAAAGUUUGUGAAGCCUGCAUUUGAUGACUUUAUUCUUCCUUCAAAAAAAUAUGCUGACAUCAUUAUUCCUCACGGAGGAGAUAAUCGCAUGGCUAUUGAUUUGAUUGUACAACACAUCCGUACAAAGCUUGGCCAGCAUGACUUGUGUAAAAUAUAUCCUAAUUUAUAUGUUAUACAUUCAACUUUUCAGGUAUCUGGCAAGCUUCAUUCUCUGUUAUUAAUGUAA